AAGUUCCUGUAUCAACUCAAUUCAUUCAACAGAUUUUUAAUUUCGCUGAAACAACUAAAGUAGAACCAUCUGAACAUGAUCUAUGUGUAUGAUGAGCUUCUCCUGAGUUUCCCCAUCGUUUCCUUUGUCUUACAGCUUUUUUUCUUCAUUAGAAAGCUUUUCUUCAUGGCUGUGGGCUGCAAUUCUCCCAGGCUUUCUUCUCCUUCAUCAUCGUCAUCUUCUUCUUCUUCUUCUUCUCCUCUCCCGUGGAAGAACUUCCAAUCACCAAUUUUCAGCCCCAAAACCAUAUCGCCACUCUGUGGGGCUUCCAAGGUUGACGCUGCGCCAUCUUUCCAACAAGAGAAUUCCUUCCCUAACAUGUAUUUACGCGAGAGUUCGCACCGCCGGCGGCAUAACUCCUUCACCGACGGCUUAAUCCCGACUGCCGAUGAUUGCCCAAGAGAGGAUUUUCAUGGUAGGGAGAUGCCACAAGUUGAUUUACGUUCUAGGAUGCAGGAGCUUAUUCCCAAUCGGCACCUGGAGGAGAGUACUUCUGGUUCUAGCUACGAUGCAUGUCUGCAAGUGAAAUCACCAGAUGCCAUCUUGGUGUCUGAGGGAGUGAAUUCUUUGCCGAAUAUCAAGAUUGGAGAGGGUAACAAUAAUGCGUCGAGAUUGAUUCGGAAGCGGCCGGCGAGGAUCAUCAUACCGGAAUCCUUCAAGGUUUCGGAUUUUGGAGAAGCUGGUGGAGGCCGAGGGAACAAGGAAUUUGAACUACAAGGGAGAGGUUUCUUUCUGGCAAGCAAGAGAGGAAGGAGAGAGACCAUGGAAGACGGAUAUGCAGCCAUGACCGACAUUCUAAGAGAUCCCAAACAGGCCUUUUUCGGUGUCUUUGACGGACAUGGGGGACGUGCUGCUGUUGAUUACGUAGCUGAAAAUUUAGGGAAGAAUAUUGUAAAAGCUCUUGAACAGAUAGAAAGGACAGAAGAUUUGUUAGAACGUGCAAUUAGGGAAGGCUACCUAACAACAGACAAAGAGUUUAUUGGAAAGGGUGUAAGUAGUGGAGCUUGUGCAGCUACUGUGUUCUUGAAGGAUGGGGAGUUAUUCACAGCAAACGUAGGUGAUUGUAGAGUAGUCUUGAGUAGGAAAGGAGUAGCUGAUGCAUUGACCCACGACCAUCGUCUCAACAGGGAAGAUGAACGCUGUAGGAUUGAGAGCUCAGGAGGUUAUGUGACCUGUCGCCAUGGAGUUUGGAGAGCUCAAGGCUCAUUAGCAGUUUCAAGAGCAUUUGGGGACAUGCACUUAAAGGAUUGGAUAAUUUCCGACCCAGAAAUUAGGAAGCUUUGUUUAACACCAGAUUGUGAGUUUUUGAUAAUGGCAUCAGAUGGAUUGUGGGAUAAGGUAACCAAUCAGGAGGCAGUUGAUGUGCUCUUGAAGAACAAGAUCUCCAUUGAAUCCUGCAAAAAGCUUGUAGAUUUAUCUUCUAGUAGAGGAAACAAAGAUGAUACAACUGUGAUGGUGGUCGACCUUUCGAAAUUUUGAGCAGAUGGGUAGUGGUAUAGCUAAGUAAUUAAAAUUGUAGCAAGAACUAGAAGUACAGGAUGAUCUACUCCACUACUGAAGGUGUUAACAUCUCAGAGAAACCUACCCUUUGUUAAUAUUUGAAGAUAACACAUAUGGCUAAAGGCAUCUGAUCGACCGCUAUCGAAGUACAGACAGUGAAGUUUUCAUCAAAGCAUUCAUAUUGGUGAUGGAUAGAACUAAACUGACUCUGACAGGGGAUGAAAUUAUGAGGACCUAGGCAAUUCAAAUUCGUUCCAAUUCCCAAUGAUGAAAUGCGAUUAGAAUUUAGUUAGAGUAGAGAUGGAUAGAUAUUUGGGUACAAAUUUGGAUUUUCUUGCAGAGAAUUUAUUUAUUUAUUACACACAUAAAUAGCGGAUCUUGUACAUUUCCAUUUCAUUAUUGAAUUCUUUUAUUAGCUCCUCUUUAGUAGUU